AUGGCCUUAUUAUCCGCCAUUUUCUUUUAGUAACUUUUAAGUUACAUGCGGCGUCUUCGUUUCUGUAACCGAAUACUAUACCAUGUUUUAAUGAUAUAUUCUAUUGAGUGACUAUUUAGAUUUUGUGUUUAUUCGUUACUAUACUGGUGAAAUAAUAAGUUUAUGAAAUAUGGGCCGUGGAAGGGAUCGAAGUCGUGAUCGACGUCGCAGUCGCACUAGAAGUAGAAGCAGAAGCCGUAGUCGGAGUCCUCGGUUUGGUUUGGGUUCUGGCGGCGGCGGUGGCGGCGGUUAUGGCGGCGGAGGUCGUCGUAAUAAUCCUGGCGCUAAUCUACGAAAACCAAAAUGGGAUCUGAAUAGGCUGAAACCAUUUAAAAAGGACUUUUAUGUUCCACAUCCAGAUGUUGAAAAGAGAUCAGAAUCUGAGGUUGAACAAUGGCGAAGUGAAAAUGAAAUAACGCUUAAAGGCAAAAAUAUACCUAAACCUACUAUGACCUUUGAUGAAGCAGGAUUUCCCAACUAUGUGAUGGAUGAAAUAGACAAAAUGGGAUUUUCAAAACCCACUCCUAUUCAAGCUCAAGGAUGGCCUAUUGCAUUAAGUGGAUGUGACAUGGUAGGCAUUGCAUCCACUGGAUCUGGUAAAACUCUAUCAUAUAUAUUACCAGCAAUUGUCCAUAUAAAUAAUCAGCCCAAAUCAAGUAGAGGGGAUGGACCUAUAGCACUUGUGCUAGCCCCAACAAGAGAGUUGGCUCAACAGAUACAAGAAGUUAGUGACAAAUUUGCCAAUACAUCAAAAAUCCAUAAUACCUGUUUAUUUGGUGGUGCACCAAAAGGACCUCAAGCUAGAGAUUUAGAUGCAGGAGUUGAAAUAGUUAUAGCUACACCAGGUAGACUCUUGGAUUUCUUAGAGAGUGGAAGAACAAAUUUGAAAAGGUGUACAUACUUAGUACUAGACGAAGCUGAUAGAAUGCUGGAUAUGGGAUUUGAACCCCAAAUAAGAAAAAUUAUUGAACAAAUUAGACCAGAUAGGCAAACCCUAAUGUGGUCUGCUACUUGGCCUCGUGAAGUACAAUCACUUGCUUCAGAAUUUCUCAAGGACUACUUGCAAAUUAAUGUUGGGUCUCUUCAACUAGCUGCCAACCACAAUAUUCUACAAAUAAUAGAUGUUUGCAUGGAAUAUGAAAAGGAGACUAAACUUAGUACCCUGCUCAAAGAAAUAAUGGCUGAGAAAGAAAACAAGACUAUUAUUUUUAUAGAGACAAAACGAAGAGUUGAUGAUAUAACAAGAAAAAUGAAAAGAGAUGGGUGGCCAGCUGUGUGUAUUCAUGGAGAUAAAUCUCAAAACGAGAGAGAUUGGGUAUUACAAGACUUCCGAAGUGGCAAAGCUCCUAUUCUUGUAGCUACAGAUGUUGCAGCCAGAGGUUUAGAUGUGGAUGACGUCAAAUUUGUAAUAAAUUUUGAUUAUCCUAGUAAUUCUGAGGAUUAUGUUCACCGAAUUGGAAGGACUGGGCGGACAAACAAAACUGGAACUGCUUAUACAUUUUUCACCCCUUCAAAUGCUGCCAAGGCUGCAGACUUAGUUUCUGUUUUAAAGGAAGCAAAACAAGUUGUAAAUCCUAAACUUCAGGAAUUAGCAGAACGAGGCAGUGGAGGCGGCCGACGGCACCGCGGUCGAGGAGGCAGAUAUCGUCGAGGACGGCGUUCACGCUCUCGAUCCCGAUCUCGUGAUCGCCGUCGACGCUCCCGCUCACGCUCCCGCGAUCGCCGACGCCGACGCCACAGUUCAUCCAGAUCCUCCAGAAGUCGGUCUUCGAAAUCAUCGCGAAGCCGCUCACGCUCCCGUUCCCGUUCAAGAUCCCGUUCUCGAUCAGGCAAGUGUAGUCCACACAAGGAUGCUCAACGAGCGAAUCAGACACCAUCGCAAGGGUUGUUGCCAACUCCCAAACCACUGCUGCCAACGCCCGUCGGCCCACAACUGCCUCCUACUGUAGAUAAAUCAAAUUCACGAGAAGUCUCGUCUCCUCGCACCGAGCCGAGGAGUAGAAAUAAUCCCAUUGUAGCCAGUGAAAAUACAAAUAAUGUUCAACAAGCACCUAAUGAAAUUCCUUCAUUGCUGACAAUGAAUCCUCAAAUGAACAUGUGUAUGACCAUGCCGCCUAUGAACGGUCAGAAUUACGUUAUGCCCACAUACUUCCCCGACCAGUACGGGAACAUGAUGAUGGGUGCCCCCUUCCAAGUCUCCUCUUGGGGCGCUCCUCCUCCGCCUCCCCCUCCCCCUCCCGCUCCCACAGGCCAAUGUUACGGGCAAAGUGGUUUGGGUCAUGGUGGCGUAGACUCAGAUUCCAGAAAAAGAGACCGGCCUGGACUUGAGAGUUCGAGCCAAUACCACAGCGGGGGACUCGGCUCUAACAGAGCUUCGGACUACGGAGGCGGGUUAGGCUCGGGUGAUGGGCCGAACUACGGCGGCCUAGGCUCCGGUGGGGGCCUGGGCUGUGACGAGCCCGAUGCUAGGUCGCGGGGCUCUCACGACCGGCGGAGGCGUGGAAGAGGACGAGACCGCGACGGUUUCAAUUCAGACAACUCGUGCAGUGAUAUCGGCUUGGGCGCCCCCGGCCUUGGCGGAUUGGGCUCUGGCGGUCUCGCUGUACCCCACGGGAGCCUCUUGCCGCGCAUGCUUCCUCAGAAAGGCGACGUCGUUGGACCACAAGGCGCUAAUUUUACAGUUUUCGGAUCUUAUGGAUCUAAAAACAAAAGAAACCAAGAAAGUGGUGAAUAUGGCUAUCCUAAUAACAGCAAUACCGACGCCAAUGUGGAGUACUAUGGCCAUCAGAAUUUCGGACCCGGCAGACCUUACGGGGGUGGAUUGGACCAGAAUGGUGUGCAGGCAAAUGGCUCUGUGGGGUACCAUAAUGACCGCCAGGGUAACCGCUACCGACGGUGAAUAGGAUUGAGAGAAUGGCUUCAAUGGAGAUUCCCGGCGUCGGAGAAGGCGAUAAAUCGAGAAGGAUAUAUACUACAGAAGUGAAAAUAACUUCAUUCCAUGUUUCGAAUGUUUAAAUGCUUGAUGUACUGUAUUUCAUACUACUACUUUUUAAAAGAUUCAUAGUCCUGAUGUCAGUUAGAUAACUUAUAGUAAGUAUGAUAACUGAGAAGUUUUAAAUUAGGAACAGCACUUAUAUUAAGUUCAUAUUUUACUUACAUAAUAUGUAAGAUCAAAAUAAUGCAUUAUAUCAACAAUCAUUAUGCAAUAACUAAUAUUAUAUAGAUUACAUAUAUUGGUUUACAACUCUGUUUAAUAUUUAGAUUUAAGUAAAAUAUCCAUAAUGACAUGUAGCUUGACCUAAUACACUGAUACAGUGCGUCGAAAUUAAAUGGAACAUCUAAACAUAACUUUUCACUAAAAAUGUUUACUACACAACAGUGUGUUAAAUAUUAAGUACCAAAUAGAUUUUGUAUUCUGAUUUUUGCGUUAAGUGUACUUGAGCGUUGGAACAAUUAUUUUAAUUCUCAGAUAUCAGACAAGACAGCAUUUAAUUUUUCAUUAAAUAUCUAACUGUUUAAUACUUAGUAUGUUUUAUCACUGAACCAAUAGAUUUGAUGGACCCCAAAUUCAUAGUUAUUUGGAAAAAUGGCUAUCUAGUAAUUAUAAUGCCAUCACUUUAAGUAAUUGAUGGUUCUUGUGUUAAGCAUUAUGUAUAAGGUACAUGUAUUUGUAAGUACUGAAGUAAAACUUUCAUUUAA